AUUAUUUGUUCAUCUAAAGCGUAAGCAGACGCAGCGUGAAAAAACAUCAAUUCUUAUAAAGCGGAAAAUCGAGUGAAAUUAUUUAAGUUUUUUAUUUAAAAAUUUCUCGUAAACUUAUGUGUCAAUGAAUAACCGAACCGACACUAAAGCCAAAUUAUACGCCAAUUUAAGUCUUUCUAAGCAUUUGUCAUCGAAGAAGGGUUCUCGUACCUCCAAUUGCGGUAAUCGUCUGGAAUUUUCAGUCCUAAGUUUCAUACACAACGUGCCUUGAAUUUAUUUGCCUCCAAAAAAUAUCAACAAUUAUUUUAAAUUAAAAAUGGUUCAUAGCAAUCGCAAAUCCACCAAAUCAUUGGCCGUUAAAGAUGUU